AGAUGGAACUGUCAAACUGUUGAGUUCUUUUUUUUUCUUACGCGAUUGAACGGGGAAAUAGACAAGAAACAAAAUUUUGGAUCGGGACAAUUUUUCCAUACGUGUGGCAACCAAUUUGCAGUGGAUCUAAUCGCCGUGCGUGAAAUCCGGAAAAUUCAUUGCUACAAUUGCUGGGCAUCCGUACAUCGGUUUUCCAAUCCAGCUACGGGUUUGCCAAAUCAUUACCAACUCCUUCCCGGACGGUGCCCCUUUGCAGCAGAUAUCGCCAAGGUUCGCUUUGCUACAACACUGUAAAAUGGUGUCGACUCGUCAGAUGACUGGUGCUACGUCCGAAGAAGCAAAUCUAAACGUUUGCCGUGCCGUACCAACUUCGUCAUCUACGUCUUCUUACACAUCCUCGAACGUUGUAUCCAUUUCGUCAUCUAUCAGCACUAAAACAGCGACUGGAUUACAUUCUGCAUCAUCGCCCGGUGGAUCGCUACCAGCGUUAUCUGGAAAUGUUUCAAGUAAUUUUGUAUUAAGAACGGAUGACAUCUCUUUGGGAAUGGUGAUGAGUGAUCAGCAGGAACAUCUGCAUCAAGAAAUAAACCUUAUGGAUCUGCCAACUGAGCUAUUGGGGCACAUAUUUUCCUAUGUAGGCUAUAAAAAAAUUGCCCAUAUGAGGGUGAUAUCUCGUCAAAUGAAUAAAGUGUGCUCUUCUAUACUAAACUCAACUUUUCAAAAACUACAAAAUCAGAUGCACUCAAGGUUUCAAACUGUAAAAGCUAAAAUGCCCCGCAGAGAAUCUGCCCGCCGGAAUCAUCCUUUAGCUUGUGAAUGUGAUAUCCUAGAGACGUGUUACAUGCGCCUAUCAUUAUUACAGAUGACAUUUGGCAAACAUAUCGAAAGGAAACACUGCUGUUUUUUUCCAGGAGGGAUCCUGGAUGAGGUAUAUUCAGUGUUAAACUAUAUCCGCACGUCACCGUCCUUGGAUCGACCCUUCAAAGUGACCGACGAGUUAUUUGAUCUGUCUACAAUGGCUAUGGAAUAUUUCAAGGAACAUAUAGAACCUAAUUUACCUGAUAUUGCGUAUUUUACUAACAGUACAAAGUCAUUUGCGGCCCUGGAAACAUCAUCGUCUAUCCUUUCCCGCGAUACAUCACAUUCUUCUUCUUCGUCUCCCCCUCAAAGCAAUAUGGUGCUGCGUAAGGGCAUACGUAAAAUAAAGCAAGGCAUGAAACGGUACAAUAAUCAACUAACUGUUUUACGUAGUGAAUUGCGAACAUUUAAACGGAAGGCGACCGAGCAGGCCAAAACAAUAACGGAACAACAAAAGCUUUUGGCAGAGCAACAAAAACAGACACUUGAAUUUGCUAAUCGCCUUGAUGAAACGGAUAAAAAGAAUGAUGAACUAUCUAGAAAAUUUUCUACUGUUCUACAGGAAUUGAAUAAAUGUAAAACAGAACUACAAUAUUGGCGUUCUAAAAGUCCAGCAACAACGAUCUGCAGUCCAUACGGUCAAAUUGUGUCUUCGUAUGAUCUGGGACAGAAUCUGGGAAAUCAAAGUACGGUACCGUAUGACAUUGAAUUGUUAUCCAUGGGAAUUACUCGUAACGCAAAUACAGAGGAAACUAGGAAAAAGGACGAUUCCGGACACAGCAAGGAAAAAGUAGAACACAAUUUGCAAUUGGUUAAAUUAGCCGGAGAUUCUUCGGUGCUAAUAGAAUCUGCCGAUUCUCCUCCUGCAAUCUUGACAAAGCCAGUGCUGAAGAGAAAAUUAGAAUGCAUAACUGUGGGGACAGAUAGCAGCAAUAGUGAUGGUGCUUGCGGUAAUGAACCAGUCCAACUAGACGGACUAGCUUGUCUUAAUCCUCCGUUUGCAUCCGCAUCACUUACAGCGUCAUAUUCAUCAUCAUCGUUGCCAUCAGCAAUGCAUGCAUUGGUAACGCCAUCUCAAUCAACUGAUGGAAAUUUGCUUAUAUCGACUACAAACCAACUUAAGGACAAAAGCGGAAUUAGUACUACUGAAAAGUCCGGCAAUGUUGGAUUAUUGUAUAGUAGUGCAGAGGGAGUGGAUCAGAUGAGUGAAAUGCAAAGUUGUUCUAGCACAAACCAUGACGUUGGUUCUAAUGGAACAAGCUUACCCAUCGCCUCUGAAAAUCCGUUUUUUAGUAACACAAAAGCCAUUCACCAAUCUAAUAAUAAUGAAACUUUGAUUCAGAAUAGUGAUAGCAAAAACAAUAGCAGUAGCUUUAGUAGUAACGUUGAUAGCAAAAAUGAUAGCUCUAGUAACGAUAGUAACACAAAUUAUCAUAUGAAAAAAAUACGAAGAGUACAAAACAAAGCUAGAUCACAAAGUUAUAAUAAACAUACCAAUCAUAGCGCUACAAUAAACACGCAUACGAAAACAACUAGAAGCAAACAGUUGGACAAACAAACCGGAAAUUAGUGAUGAUGUGUGGUUUUGUAAUGUGAGAUAGGAGAACAAUUUUUCAACUAGCCUCCUAUCGUAAUAUAUUGUAGAAUUGUCACUACACUCAAUUAGCCUAUUGAAGUGAGUAACUUUUGAUGUUUUCGAGAGUUAUGUAAAGACAACACAAUUAUAAACAAUAGGGUAUGAUAAUAGAUUCACCGCAACAAGUUUUUUUUUCUUUUCUCAUCAAUUCAAUACGAGGCUUACUGAAUCAGACGAGAUAGUGGGGACCGUUAUUAUAUAUUGGAAGUAUUUCUUCAUUGGCUUCUUUUAUGGCAUGAUAGUUCAUACUUUUUUUAUUUUAAAUGAAAGUGGUAUUUCUUCAAGGAGAUGUUUUGUUUUGUUUUCUGUAACGCAAUCGGUUUAACAUCAAAUCAUACAAUCAGCAGCGAUAAGUUGUGGUUUUGUACUUUAAAUUAUAGUAUCAACACAUCUAUUUUUUUUGUUGGCUGUGUAAGUCCCAACUUCAAGUUAGCAUAAUUUCAAAUACGUAAGCAUAAUUUUGAAAUCGCACUGUUCCAUUGAUUAUUUGAUUUUUUAUUUGAUUUGAAAAUUGGUGUAAUUGUAAAUGUUACAAUUUACAUUUCGAAAGAAUUAUCAAUUAUUUUGAGCAACUAUAGCAUUGAUUAACGUUUCUCUAAAAUUGAUUUAGAUCGCAAAAAAAUAUUUUAACAUGCAGAAGCACAAAAUUAUGUAUUGUACAAACAAUCCCCAACAUUCGUGACUGCUUGACACACAUUUUAUAAUGGUUCUACUAUUUGAAUUAUUUACAGUAUCAAUAAACAUAUUCCAAACUGUUUGUUAGCACCAAUAAAUGUAACAAACAGCGUAACUCAAGUCUUAUUAUGUUUCAUAAUCUUAAUUACUAUUUUCAGAUAUUUUACAUCUCAUUUGUGCCUUUUCAUUGUUUUUUUUUUUAAAUAUUCAUGCAAAUCUUGGUUUUAAUUCAUUAAAUUUUCGAUUAAUUUCAUUGAUCGCCUAGUAAUUAUUAUUAAUAAUAAUUAUUCCUUUUUAUGAAAUUCUGAAAAAAAACAUCGUGACUAUCAUCUAGAUUUCAGUUCAGUUCCAUCUUAUCUUUGUCGCAAACUCCACUAAGACAAUGAAUGUUGAAAUAGAAUUUUCAAAAAUUAACUCCCAGUGUGUCGAUCGUGCGUUGAAAUUAAUAUAUUGAUUUCUGCAAAUAUGAAUAUUCCCAGUUUAUAUUUUGGGAAAUUGUGGGACAUCGUGAGAAAAACCCACCGAAAAUAUUUAAUAUUUUGUAUUUGUAUCAGUUUCUACCGUAACGUUCGAAUAAACUUUUUUUUAUUACCAAGCACAUUAUUUUUGAUAGUUUGUAACCGGCAAACAUAGCGCGAUAUGAUUAUUUAUGUGUGAUAAACAUGAACGUGGUCUUUACUCCGCUACAAGUGGCACAAUUGGUCAAUUUGAAAGUGAAAAACGAUUGCGCAAACAAAAUUAGUCAAUAACGAAAUAAUAUUUGUGAAUUGAUUUAUUUCAACCCAAGAAUGGUAUAAUCCGUUCAUUCAUAGUCGCAUUGUAUGCGUUUAGCAACCCACUGAUUGUAAAACAGUAUGUAAAUGUGAGAAAUAAAAUAAAAAUAAAAACAUGUUUUCAACAAUACGAUCCAUCCUUUCAAAUGUAAACAUUCAUAAAAGCACUAAAACCUUAUACCACACAUUUUUGUUAAGAACAUCUCAUGACAAAAUAUGUACCAGAGUAAACAUAACCGGUGAUUAGUUAAAGUUGUUGUAUCGGAUGCUAGUUUUGUAAGAAAAUGACAUCAUUUGAGGAAACAAUGUUUAGCACGUCAAAUAUUAUGUUUACUGAAUAAUUAAAGUAAAACUGGAAACAUUAGCAACUGCAAACAAUAUGCAUAAUUGAAAAACCCGAGAUAAUUUAUGUUUUUUUUUAAAGGAAAAAUCCAAUAGUAUGGAAAAAGUCCUAAUAAACACAGCUAUUGUUAUAUUUCACUUAAAAGUACGUAUGCCAUAUCUCCAAACAAAAAAACAUUGCCGGUUGGUGUACUAUUGUGACAUGAUCAGAAAUUUGGAAUUGGAAGACAUAUUAUGAAAACUACGAAACGCGACGAAUCCAUUUGCCGUAUGAAUCAUUAUUAUUCAUUUAUUGAACCGAAAUUUAACAAUCACGAAGAUUUGAAGCUAUUUGAUUGAAAUUAGACCACAACCAUAGACGCAUACCGAAGGUUGCCAAGAGUGUCCUGCCAAAUGAUGUCUCUUAAAUUUUAAAACUAAUACGUAGAGAAAACUAAUGUGCAUGUUUAAUGUUAAAAAAAUAGGAAAAACCAAACGCUAAAUUCUAUGACAUUAGCGAGUGUAAACAGGGUUGUAAUUUUAAAGUUUGUUCUUUUUUUCCUUGCAUUGUAGUUACUUUCUUCUUGCUUUGUUAUGCAAGUUCCGAAAGGAGAGCACUCUCAAUAUAACUGUAAUCUAUGUUUAUUCAUGUCUAAAUAACAUACAAAACAUAAACCCUGGAUUUAAACAAUAGGUUUUGGGCAUCUGCUCUGGCGGAAGUUAACAAACAAAAAUACAGCAACAAUAGAAAAUAACCAUGUAAGCGCAUAAUGAACAUAAACAAACGAAACAAACAAAAAAGUAUGAGACCCAAAAUUCCACAAUUACACAACAUUUUAUUAAAUAAUUACGUAAGCCGGAUUACUUCAACCGAUUAAGAAAUUCGUGUUCCUUGAAGAUAAACGUUUUAAAAACUAAAUUUUACAACAAACGGUUAAACGAUUUUAACAUACUGCAAGUACCAAGCGCGACAGGAUAAAACAAGGCGUAUUCUGCUUUAAUUUUAUUGUUACAAAAAAUCGAUUGAAGCUUAACUUGCGCAACCAUAAAAAGACAAAUGAGAAAUUCUGAGCAAAUUAGCACGCAAACAGAGAGAAUGAAUAGAAUAAAAAAAAAUUAAUAUAUUUGAAAACCUA